AUGGAAUUUGCUAAAGUAAUUCAAACUAAAUCGGUACAAGAAUGGAAAGAAAAGUAUAUCGACUAUAAAGGCUUACUGAGAAAACUAAGAGACAUUCAAUUGUCUAUGCAAUAUAAUGAUAAUCAAUCGCAUAGAACCGCCUCUUUUCUUUCCAGGCCAGCAGCGCGACGACCCUCAUUCACUUCACAAAGAUCACACUCACAAAAAUCACUGUCACAAAGAGCAAUGAGUUUGACUAGUAUGGCUGAAAGUGCAAAUGUUUUGCUUAAUAAAGUGUCGUAUAAAUUGUCUCAUUGGACGAAGCAACCAUCUAUUCCCGAACAUACCACAAAAAUUCCUAUUACAUCUAUUGAAACAUUACUGGAACAAUCGAGCCCUGAAGAAACUGCAUUUUUCUUGUCAUUAGACAAAGAAUUGGAAAAGGUCACUCGUUUUUACACAAGAAAAGAAGGUGAAGUAAUCUAUCUUUUCGAAAAGUUAAAGAAUUAUAAUGAAAGUCUAAAACCUUCAAGUGAACUUAGAAGAGAAAUUAAAAGAAAUACGUCUAUUGGAGAUUUUGCUCCAAAAUUCUUAAGAAAAUCAUCAUCAUACGCAGAAUUUUCGGACGAAAAGUCACAUAUUCCAAGUUCCAAGUAUAAAAACGCGAAAAAAAAAAUAAAAAAAGCUGCGUUCGAAUUAUAUCGGGGCGCUGAAUUAUUAAAAAACUAUCGACAACUUAAUAAAAGAGGCUUCGCCGAGCUCCUAAAGAGAUAUGAUAAGAUAACGGGAAUAAAUGGAAGUGAAUAUUAUAUGCAGAAAGUUUCUGAAAGUAGUUUUGUAAAGUCCAGAGGAUUAGACCGAUUAAUGAAAGAAAUAGAGACUUUUUACAGUAAUCAUUUCGAAGAAUCAAGAAAACAAGCGAUUAAAAAACUUAGGUCACAUAAUAGAACGAAUACAUAUCAUACUGCCGCAUUACGAGUGGGAUUAUGUCUAGGAUUAUCACUAUCUUUAUUGUAUUAUCUAGUUCAAAAUAAUGAUAAUCCGUUGCAUUUGCGAUUCUAUAUGGGACUAUUUAUCCCGACAGUUUUCGCUCUACUUAUGGGCGCUGCUAUGAGUUUGUGGGAAAAAACACAUAUAAACUACAAAUUUAUAUUCGAACUUGAUCCAAGAAACAAUCUGGGCGUCUAUCAAUAUUUGGAGCUUCCUUCGUUUAUGUUUCUACUUCUUAGUUUUAUGAUGUAUUCGGACUAUUCCAAUUUAUUUGGUUUUGAUUAUGACGAUAUUGACAUAUAUUUAGCCGUAGCAUUCAUCGUCACUGCCGUUACUCUGUUCUGUCCUAUUCGUAUACUUCAUUAUAAUGCAAGACGCUGGUUCAUUCUUACUUUGGGUCGUAUCAUAGCUCCUUUUUGGUUUGGCAUAGAAUUUCGAGAUUUCUUUAUUGCUGAUGUACUGAACAGCUUAUCUUAUACUUUUAUUGCUAUACAACUAUCUUUUUGUCAUCCAUGGAGCGGGAUUCAUGCUUCUUGUUAUGGUUCAAGUUACUUUAAAGAAAUUACUACGAAUAUUCUUCAGCCUUUUAUAAGCUCUAUCCCACAAUGGUUGCGUAUAUUGCAAUGUUUAAAGCGUCUUUGGGAUACUAGAGAAAUGAUACAUCUGGUCAACAUUUUAAAAUAUUUAUCAGUCAUAAUUUCUACGUUUUUUUUUUGGAUUCAAUUAAGGAAUGUUGGCAACAAUUUAACCACAAUUUGUUGGGUCGUAGUUCAGACAAUUUCCUCUAUAUAUACAUUUACUUGGGAUGUAAAAAUGGAUUGGUCUUUAUUACAAAUUCAUUCUUCUAACUAUUUGUUAAGAGAUGAACUAGGAUUUAAAAACCAAUAUAUAUAUAAGGUUUCCAUCGUUAUCAACUUGAUCCUAAGGUUUUCUUGGAUUUUGUUUUUAAUUUUCCGUACCGAUAUUUUUCAUAUUGGAAUUAUAGUGGCUUUUUUAGAAGUUUUUAGACGUUUGAUGUGGUGUAUCAUCCGUGUUGAAGAUGAACACGUCGCUAAUUGUAAAGGAUAUCGUGCCAUCAAAGAAAUACAUACACUUUUCGUCUAUCCUGAUGAUAUAAUCGAAUCUAGUAGUGAUACAGUAGGUGUAGACGAAAAAUUAGAAGCUAAAAAAUCAAAAUUUGAUUCAAUAAUGAAAGGAUGGGUGAACCGAACUAUGAGCACAAGAGUGAGCAGGAAAAAUAAACUGAGAGAUUUUAAUCCAAGAUUUGAAAUGAAUGAAGAAUCGUAUAAUAGCGACGAAGAAUAUGAUGAUUAUGAUGAUUACGGUGAUACAUCAAGUGCUGAAAGAAGGGAAACGGUGUCAGCAUUAUAUGCAAGCCGAAGACUACCUAUAUUCACUGACAUAGAAGGCGGGAGAGAAAGUUAUACAUCAGCUUAA